AUGAAGUCGGUCGUACUCGGGACGCUGGCGGUCCUGGUGGUCGCCCUCGCCCAGGCAACGAUCCAACCACGCCUCGUCGCCCCGGAAAUGGAGGAGUUCGUACGGGAACAGAACGAACGCGUCGGAGACGAUCGGCGCGUGUGGGCCUGCGAUAACGACCUCAUCGCUCUGCUAGUCGCGCACUGCGGCGAGAAUCUCCGCGUACGCAAGGAAGACGUCGAGACGUGGGGUGAGUCCGGGUGA